GGCGCGGAGCGGCCCAGCCCGGCCCAGCCCCGGAGCCAUGCCGCUGCCGUGCCGGGGCUGGACGCUGGCGCUGCUCACGCUGCUCGUCGGUUUCCUCAUCUUCGCCGAUAUCUCGGAGAUCGAGGAGGAGAGCGGGAGUUCUGGAGGCAGAGGUACAAUCAGAUCAGCUGUGAACAGCUUACAUAGCAAAUCUAAUAGAGCUGAAGUAGUAAUAAAUGACUCCUCAUCUCCAGCUGUUGUUGACAGAAGUAAUGAAAGCAUUAAGCACAACAUUAAACCAGCCUCAUCCAAAUGGAGACACAACCAGACACUCUCUUUGAAGAUCAGAAAACAGAUCUUGAAGUUCCUGGAUGCCGAGAAGGACAUUUCAGUGCUGAAGGGGACUCUGAAGCCGGGGGACAUCAUCCACUACGUCUUUGACAGGGACAGCACCAUGAACGUGUCCCAGAACCUGUACGAGCUGCUGCCCCGCACCUCUCCCCUGAAGGGCAAGCAGUUCCCCAGCUGUGCCAUCGUGGGCAACUCGGGGGUGCUGCUCAGCAGUGGCUGUGGCCCUGAGAUUGAUGCUCACAGCUUCGUCAUAAGGUGCAACCUGGCCCCCGUGCAGGAGUACUCCCAGGACGUGGGCAUGAAGACAGACCUGGUGACCAUGAACCCCUCGGUGAUCCAGCGCGCCUUCGAGGACCUGGUGAACGAGACGUGGCGGGAGAAGCUGCUGCAGCGCCUGCACAGCCUCAACGGCAGCAUCCUCUGGAUCCCUGCCUUCAUGGCCAAGGGGGGCAAGGAGAGGGUGGAGUGGGUCAACGAGCUCAUCCUGAAGCACCACAUCAACGUCAGGACUGCCUACCCCUCGCUGCGCCUGCUGCACGCGGUCCGAGGGUACUGGCUGACCAACAAGGUGCACAUCAAGCGCCCCACCACCGGCCUCCUCAUGUACACCCUGGCCACCCGCUUCUGCAACCAGAUCUAUCUCUAUGGCUUCUGGCCCUUCCCCCUGGACCAGAACCAGAACCCAGUCAAGUACCACUACUACGACAGCCUCAAGUACGGCUACACCUCGCAGGCCAGCCCGCACACCAUGCCCCUGGAGUUCAAAGCCUUAAAGACGCUGCACCAGCAAGGAGCCUUGAAGCUGACUGUGGGGGAGUGUGAUGGGGCCACGUAGGCUGGUCCCCAGGCACGUUCCUGCACAGCCACAGGAGGAGGGAGGGGGCAGAAAGGACGAGUGGUGCCUGGCGGGGUUGGUCACCUUCGUUUGGGCGACACAAAUAUAUCUACGUGGUACCUAUUAUAUAUUGACCUGAGUGUUAUAACUGUUUGGUGUUCACCAAGGGAGGGGCAGGAGAGAUGCAGGGGCGUCUCACAGGACUGGCCUGGGCAAGACCCCCCCUUGCUGUGGGGCUUGCUGGACUCGAGGGGUGUUUGCCUUGCACGGGAGAGGUGUGGAGGUGGCCUUGGUUCCUGCGGGGUGUUGGGGAUGGUGACCGUGAGCCGUUUGUCGUGACUGGUGCCAGGUUGGUAGUUAGUUUGUUUGGCCAAGGGCAGCGAGGUGUGUCCUUGGCCCCGUGCUCGU